AUGCGCCUUUCUUGGGGUACGGUUUCAAAGUUUUGCUUCGACAGUUGCCUGCUGUCGGAGCUGGAUAGAAGCUACGGACUGAUAUUGGUUGGACUGGCGGACUCAAAGACAGAAAUAUUGGAACUUUACCACCUACAAGUGACCGUGUUGAGUCAUUUCGUGGAAGAGCAGCUAAUUUUGAAGAAACCAAUGAUUCAUUGUCCGCCGUUGAAUCAGUAUCCGGUACCGAUGGAAAAGAAGAUCAUAUACGAGAGUUUUCAAUGGUUCAACAAAUAUGUCGCAACAAAUCACGAGCAGCUGUCUGCUGUGCGAAAUAUCGUGAAUCGGACUUCGUUCCCUGUUCCGUACAUAUUAUUUGGACCACCCGGUACUGGAAAAACUUCAACUAUCGUAGAGGCAGUUUUACAAAUUUGGAAACUACAACCCAAAGCCAACGUUCUCGUAUCGGCAGCUUCAAAUUUCGCCUGUGAUGAAUUCACCACGCGCCUGCUGGAAUUCAUUCCCGUCACCGAUGUGUUCCGUUUCGUAUACUUCGUAUCGAUUUUGCUGAUAACGGAACAACACCAUCGUUCUCAAAGAGCAGUGGAGGUUUUGAGGAAGGUGGUGAGUAUUGUCGCGGCCCCGACUACGAAUAUCCGGAAGGCGGUGCAUCAUACGAGGAAAAUUCAUCGUACGGCUAUGGUGGAAGACCGUUCCGCGGCCGUGGAGGAUUCCGUGGACGUGGUGGUUUCCGUGGCGGUUUUCAUCGUGAUUUUUUCGUCGUUCGUGAACCAGGAAUCGAUAGAUCUCGCUCCCGUUCACCGAGGCGACGCAGUCCGGCUGAUUCUGAUUUGUCUUCUUGUAGGAAUGGCAUGUUAUCGAAUGCAAGAACGUUACCAGAAGUGGCACGGAAAUCUACCACAGUCUGGCAAGGGGCGCUGA